GAGGCUUAUAUUUUAUAUUAAUCCCUAUUUAUCCAAGAAAUUAAAGGUAAGGAAUGUACAGCAUGAGGAAUGGUGUCUUCGCCAAGAGUCUCUUCGGCAGGGGCUCCUGUUUCGAGCGGAUAGCGCAGUGCGCCUGCCGCCCCAAGCAGAAACCCCCACCGAAGGACUCUUCGAAGAAGCCAUUCGGAAUCGCUGCGCCGAAAGUGGUAUCGGAGAAGCAACGUCACUUGCUCUCCAUGAUCAACAGAGGCUGUUCCUGUCUAAAGACGGACGCCAAGGGCCGCUGGUUUGACGUCCACCGGCACAUUAUCCUAUCGUUGGCGAUCUCCCUGAACCGCCCGCCGGAUGUAGUUCUCGACUUUCUCUACUCCCUCACCAUGCAGAACUUCAGGAAGAUCAUCGAUCCUUAUAGCAGCCAACCGGCAAGUCCGUGCAAUGUGCCGUUCACAAGCGGGAACAUCUGCACCCAGUACAUGUCCAUCUUCGAUACGCGCGGCAAUGUGCGGAAUCCCUUCCACAAGAACGCGCUGCAGAUGCUGAUGCGACUGAUUCAGACGACGCUGAGGAACGGAGAAAGCCGCCAGCAUUCGUCCAUCAGGGACUUCUUAGUGUCACCAAACGCUCCUCACGACAGGGACGCGGAUAGGGCCAAACGGGCCGGUAUAGACAGCUCCUCGGCGGCCCGCCAUAAUGGUAAGCGACGGCUACGGGAAGCAGAUUUCCGGGCCCAGAAGAUCCGAAGUAUAUUGUAUCAUGAAGUACCCGAAAAGCCAUUUGGGAUCGAUGUUGGAGCUGAUUUCUGGAAAGCGGUGGAGCCGAGGACUCUGGAGGACUUCAAUAUCAAUGAUUUCAAUUUUGAUGAACAGCUCGGUGUUCCAGGCAGAUUCUCUAUCAUUCAGGCAGAAGAGCUUACUGCAAUGAUCGAUCUUCUCAAUCAAAGGACUCUUUUGACCCGACACCCGAACGAUUUGAUACAGGCCAUCAGAAACCUCAAUCUAGAACCCACUCACGUGCCUAAGACCACGGCACAUGUUCACAAGACCUAUGCCAAAGAAAUUUCCAAAAAUUACAAUGAAGCAAUGUCGGCGACGCCCUCUCAGCCAAAAUUCAAGGAGCGAUUGGCAUCUCUCCAUCGGGGUACACUGUCGGCUACAGAACGCAAGGCUGCCAACUUGAAUUCCUUAAAGAUGGCAAAAAAAAGUCAUAAUCGUCUAAAACAGAAUUACCAUAUGUAUCUGGGCGAACAGAUUCCGGUGCUUAUUCACGAGCCCUACGAUCCUCAAAAGCCUUGGACCUGGAUGCGACGCCAUCCGAAGCAAUCGCGUUUGGACACAAGAGUGGGCACCAUGGGGCAUGUAAAUAUCGCGCGCUACCACCGGGCCUCCGUCAGGGAGAAGAUUGAAAAGUCGCAGGAAACCGCUUCCAUACACACGGUGUUCAGUGUCAACGAGGAGGACCCUAAAAUGCGCCGUCUCCCAAUGUUUGGAGAAAGUUCGCGAAAAUCUGCCAUCAAGUAA